AUGCAUAUCCCUUUGUUGGGCAGACUUUCCCUUGUGGAAUGGCCCUUGGUGGCUAUUUCCUUCUUCCUUACAUGGCUUGAAUACAUUUCGACCUUGAUCACCAGGUUGCUUCCUUCAACCGCUAUCAAUAUGAUGACUUACUCUCUCCAGGUCAUCUAUAGCUUUACUUCUACGCCGAUAAGGUUUAUUUCGUCUGGGGGUGAUAUCCUGAGCGAAGACGGAAUGCCUGAUAUCAAAUAUAGGUACUUAUCUGGCGGAGAAGGCGAUGUGGAUAAGGAGAAGUACGAUAGAAUGACCACGCUUCUUAACGCUAAGGAUGUCCUGGAGAUGUGUGCUGUUUUCGGGUACGAGGUUGAAUCUAGAAUGAUUAGAACAAAGGAUGACUACUUGCUUACGGUCCAGAGAAUCUCCAGGCCAAACGCUGGUCCUAGAAACGGUAAGGUGGUAUACAUGCACCAUGGUUUGCUCAUGUGUUCUGAGAUCUGGGUCACUAUGCUUGAUAAGAAUGCAAACUUGCCAUAUGUGCUUUACGAGUUGGGCUAUGAUGUGUGGUUGGGUAACAACCGUGGUAACAAGUACUCCCACAAGCACUUGAGCCAUAGACUUAACCUGGAGAAGUUCUGGGACUUUUCCUUAGACGAGUUUGCCUUCUAUGAUAUCCCAGAUACGAUAAACUACAUUUUGGAAGCCACCAAGAAGAAGUCUUUGGUCUACGUGGGCUUUUCUCAGGGUACAGCCCAGGCUUUCGCUAGUGUUUCAGUCAACCCAGACUUGAACGAGAAGAUUGAACGUAUCGUGGCUAUCUCCCCUGCUACUACUCCACACGGUCUUUACCUGAGAUUCUUGGAUAUUUUGCUCAAGUCUAGCCCGGUGUUUGUUUACUUGCUUUUCUCAAGAAGAGUGCUUAUGCCUAGUGUCUUAUUGUGGAACAGAAUCAUGUACCCGCCAUUCUUUGACACCUCAAUUGACCUUGCAAACUAUACAUUGUUCAACUGGAAGGCUCUUAACAUUGACAAGUUACAAAAACUCAGCUCCUACGCUCACCUUUACUCCACCACUUCGGUCAAGACCGUUGUACACUGGUUCCAGAUAAUAUCCGCCAAAAAGUUCCAGAUGUACCACGACGAAUCGAACUUCUCUUCGCUCAACCCUAUCGAAUACCCCUUGAAGAAUAUCGAGGUUCCAAUUCAUCUUAUCUACGGUGAUUCAGACCUGUUGGUUGACAUUGAAGUGAUGGAGAGACAAUUGCCUAAGAAGUACACCACUUCUCAUCCAGUGGCCACCCAUGAGCAUCUAGAUAACUUGUGGGGUAGAAAUGCUGCGACCGUUGUUUUCCCGUUAGUGUUGAAGUCGCUUGACGAGCCAAUCUCUAACGGCAGUAAGUAG